AUGAUUUUAAUUAAGCUACGUGAUGUUGCCAUGAUUAUAUUGCUUAACCCUUUAACACUCUAUGCCUGUUUAGAUGAAGAAGAACGUUCGAGGAUGGCGGAAGGAGACCCUCAAUCGACUGAAUACCUAAGAUAUCUGCAGCAACCUUCUCAAAAUAUGGACGAUAGCGGUUUCUUUUCUAUUCAAGUUUUACAAACUGCACUGAAAAUAUGGAACUUAGAUUUAACUCGUAUUUCGAAUCCGCAAGCUCGAGAAGCUAAAUUACACCCUCAAUCUCAAAAUGCUUUUAUAUGUAACUUGCAACAGCAUUGGUUUACUAUUAGAAAAUUUGGCAAACAGCAGUGGUUCAAUUUAAAUUCUAUUAAGAGUGAGCCUGAGCUUAUUACUGAUACGUAUCUUAGUAUAUAUCUGGCACAACUUGAGCAAGAAGGUUACUCAAUAUUUGUUGUUGUUGGUGAGUUACCGAAGUGUAUGGCCGACCAAGUUAUAGGCGAUAAUCCCAUUGUACGGAAAAGCUACAGAUCAGAGCAGACACAGUCAGGACAUAUUUCCAAUAAGGUAUCUCACCAAUUUGUAGAAAAGAAAUCACUACAAGCUGCUUUAGCCGCUGCUGACAAAAUGAAUGAGAAUGUCGAAUGCAGCAAGGAGCAUCCCGAUGUCCCAAUUAAUUUAGAUGAAAUUCGUGAAAAAAGGAAACUUUAUUUUGAUCGGAAAGGAAAUUCUGACAUAGAACUAGAAAAUCCUAGUAGUUUAGCUAAUGCAACGAAAACCACUGGUAUGGUAUACGUUCUCGAAAAUAUAUUUGUAUUAAUUCGUUAUCUGCUUUAA